CACCAUAUUUAGCUGGCUUGCCGAAGCCCUGCAGAGUUGAUCUGUCAACCAGACUGAAAAUUUUGACACUUAUCGGUGGAUACAGCCCGGUGUUGACAGCUUUAUUUUGACACUGAGGUACAAACUACAGAAGACGACGUCGUUGGGAUACGCUGCUUGAGGAGCGGGGCCGUGUCAGCGGCUCUUUUUAACGCGACAGAAGUAGCCGUCGUCUGUCAGAAUUCCAACUAUCCGACAGCCGAGCUAGCCAGCUAGCUAAUUAGUGUAGCUACCCCGACGCUCGCUGUACCGUAGAUACGGAUUUAUGUGGUUUCUGUUAACCUUCAUCUAUCGGUAGGAAUUCAUCUGGACUCAGAGAACCCGCUGUGAUGAUAUCCUGACAGCUGCUCUCCCCCGUUCCAACCACUUUCCUAAGCCUGGCUAGCGAGCUAACUUGGCUAACUAGCAGGUUUUCACUGGCACUACGUUGCGUCGAGGAACUAGUAGCUUUCGCCGUGGCAGUGAAAUCCGAUUGGAUACGUUGACAGUGUGCGAACGGCGGUGUGCGGGGACGCCGAAAACCCCCGGCCGGCGAAACGAUCGUACCGAAGGGCCCCUUUUUGACGGUUCACAGGGAGGGGUGCUAGCAGAGACCAGGGUACUCGGCCACUCAGUGCUGCAGAGGCGGCGCACAGCCGAAGGAGACACCGGAUUGAACGGAGGAAGAGUCCCAAACGUUUGACAACUGUGAUCCGGGAAGUGAACCGGGCAGGGACCUCAUGAAUGGAAAUCGGAACUACAGGAGCCGUUGGGGCCCAGUCCCUAUUCUCCAUGCCUCGGCGGCCUGGCUAUGGCACCAUGGGGAAGCCCAUCAAGCUGCUGGCCAACUGCUUCCAGGUGGAGAUCCCCAAGAUGGAUGUCUACCUCUACGAGGUGGAUAUCAAGCCUGACAAGUGUCCACGGCGAGUCAACAGGGAGGUGGUUGACUCUAUGGUGCAGCACUUCAAGGUGACAAUCUUUGGGGAUCGCAGGCCGGUCUACGAUGGAAAGAAGAGCCUGUAUACGGCCAACCCACUGCCUGUGGCACCUACUGGGGUGGACCUGGAUGUCACUCUACCAGGUGAAGGAGGGAAAGAUCGUCCCUUCAAGGUUUCCAUCAAAUUCGUGUCUCUGGUCAGCUGGCACAUGCUCCACGAGGUGCUGACUGGCCGCAGCAUGCCCGAGCCUCUGGAGCUGGAUAAGCCCAUCAGCACCAACCCUGUACACGCAGUGGAUGUAGUCCUGCGACACCUGCCCUCAAUGAAGUACACUCCGGUGGGUCGAUCCUUCUUCUCAGCUCCAGAGGGCUAUGACCAUCCUCUGGGAGGUGGGAGGGAGGUUUGGUUUGGCUUCCAUCAGUCUGUGCGGCCCGCUAUGUGGAAGAUGAUGCUUAACAUUGAUGUGUCUGCCACCGCUUUCUACAAGGCCCAGCCUGUCAUCCAGUUCAUGUGUGAAGUGCUGGACAUCCACAACAUAGACGAGCAGCCUCGCCCUCUCACAGACUCACACCGGGUCAAAUUCACCAAAGAAAUCAAAGGUUUGAAGGUGGAGGUGACGCACUGUGGAACCAUGCGGAGGAAGUACCGCGUCUGCAACGUGACCCGUCGGCCUGCCAGCCAUCAAACGUUCCCUCUACAGUUGGAAAAUGGCCAGACUGUAGAGCGUACUGUAGCCCAGUACUUCAGGGAGAAGUACAACCUGCAGCUUAAGUAUCCACAUUUGCCCUGUCUACAGGUGGGCCAGGAGCAAAAACACACCUACCUGCCCCUGGAGGUGUGUAACAUUGUAGCUGGUCAACGAUGCAUCAAGAAGCUGACAGAUAAUCAGACCUCCACUAUGAUCAAAGCCACAGCUCGCUCUGCGCCAGACAGGCAGGAGGAGAUCAGCAGGCUGGUGCGUAGUGCCAACUACGAGGCAGACCCAUUUGUGCAGGAAUUCCAGUUCAAGGUGCGCGACGAGAUGGCCCACGUGACGGGGCGAGUGCUACCCGCCCCCAUGCUGCAGUACGGCGGCAGGGUGAGCACAGAGCACUUUAUGAACCGCACUGUAGCGACGCCCAGCCACGGGGUGUGGGACAUGAGAGGGAAGCAGUUCCACACCGGGGUGGAGAUCAAGAUGUGGGCCAUUGCCUGCUUCGCCACACAGAGGCAGUGUCGGGAAGAAAUCCUAAAGGGUUUCACAGACCAGCUACGUAAAAUCUCUAAGGAUGCUGGGAUGCCCAUCCAAGGCCAGCCAUGUUUCUGUAAAUACGCCCAGGGAGCAGACAGUGUGGAGCCCAUGUUCAGACACCUGAAAAACACCUACGCCGGACUACAGCUCAUCAUCGUCAUCCUGCCGGGAAAGACUCCUGUCUACGCGGAGGUAAAGCGUGUGGGAGACACCCUCUUGGGCAUGGCCACCCAGUGUGUUCAGGUGAAGAACGUGGUGAAGACGUCACCUCAGACCCUCUCCAACCUCUGCCUCAAGAUCAACGUGAAGCUGGGAGGCAUCAACAACAUCCUGGUGCCUCAUCAGCGACCCUCAGUGUUUCAGCAGCCAGUUAUCUUCUUGGGAGCAGAUGUCACACAUCCACCUGCUGGAGAUGGGAAGAAGCCUUCAAUUGCAGCAGUGGUAGGCAGUAUGGACGCCCACCCCAGCAGGUACUGUGCCACUGUGCGGGUCCAGAGGCCCAGGCAGGAGGUCAUCCAGGACCUGGCGUCCAUGGUGCGGGAGUUGCUCAUCCAGUUCUACAAGUCAACCCGCUACAAGCCCACCAGGAUCAUUUUCUACAGGGAUGGAGUUUCGGAAGGCCAGUUCAGACAGGUGCUGUAUUAUGAGCUGCUGGCCAUUCGUGAGGCCUGUAUCAGCCUGGAGAAGGAGUACCAGCCAGGCAUCACCUACAUUGUUGUGCAAAAACGCCACCAUACACGCCUCUUCUGUGCUGACCGCAACGAAAGAGUUGGACGUAGUGGAAACAUUCCUGCUGGUACUACCGUGGAUACGGACAUCACACAUCCCUACGAAUUUGACUUUUACCUCUGCAGUCACGCUGGAAUACAGGGCACCAGUCGACCCUCCCACUACCAUGUACUGUGGGACGACAAUUGUUUUACCGCUGAUGAGUUCCAGCUGCUCACCUACCAGUUGUGCCACACAUACGUGCGCUGUACCCGCUCAGUCUCCAUCCCUGCGCCAGCCUACUACGCCCACCUGGUGGCUUUCCGCGCCCGCUACCAUCUGGUGGACAAAGAACAUGACAGCGCUGAGGGCAGCCAUGUGUCUGGUCAGAGUAACGGUCGGGACCCACAGGCGCUGGCCAAAGCUGUUCAGAUUCACCACGACACCCUGAGGACCAUGUACUUCGCCUGAGCAACACCAACCCUCCCCAAUCAUUGCCACCCUUAACACACACAAACACACAAACACACACAGACGCAACCAUGCACGCCUGGCUUGCCAGUCAAGGAGUCCUCAUAGGUGCAAGUCCCGCCCCCCCACACGCCUAGUCAAUCCGGACCUGACACUGUGCAGAGGAAAGCAGGGAGGAGGGAGGGGAGGAGGCACCCCCACACUGGACUGAGGAUGCAAACGCUGCUUUAAAAACAAACAAGAGAGAAACUCAGCACUAUUAUGCAAUAUUAAACCAGCCAACUAGUUUAUUUUCACCCUCAUCAGGCCCCUUAGUCAUUGCCCCUCCUAUCUGUUUUCUCCUGUUUGUCUCCUUUACUCGUGGCUUAGUGGGUGUUGUUCUUGUUUGUUUUUUACUUUUCCCCUCCUUUGGCACAGUCUUUCUUUAUGAUCCACUAAUCUGCUCCUUUGCCAUCUACAGUACCUCAAGUCAGUUUGAGCAGCAGCACUUUUACAUUCUGUCGGUUUUACUGUAGUUUGUUGUCGAUUCUCCCCAGUGUUUGAAACGAAGGAGCAGAGAAGGAAGGGUCAGACUCUGGAGUCGGUCAGUGGUGUUUGAUUUCCUUUGGAAUAUAGUUGUUUCAUUGGACCAGAGGUCCUCUGAGUUGCCACUUUUAUUUUUCUCCUUUCCUCUUGUUUCCUCGUCUCCUCCGUUCUGUCACUUUUCACUAGUGUAUGAAAUCACCAGUUACUUGUAUGGAGCAACAUGUUCCUUUGAGCACACUGCCACCUGUUGGCAACGAGGUAUAAAUGCCCCCUUAAAGUCACAACAAGUUGAUGUUGUUGUCUUGUAAGGUUUCAGAUCAGUUUUGAUUUAUCUUUAGCAGUCAGCUGUCACAUUUAAGCGGGGGCAGUUUAUAUUGGCUGAUAUAUCAAUUGCUCAAUUGCAGCCAUCUAUGAAUUUUAUUUAAAGUAUAACACUGUUAUUUGAUUCUGGUUGUUUUUUUUUCCUUCUACAUUAUGUGAAAUAUUUUAUGACUAACUUUUUUUUAAUCACUUAAACAUGUAAUCUUAUGUUUUUAAUCUUAGUAGUUGUCAUGCAUUCAUUUCCCUCAGUGCUUUAUCUCACAUUUCCCUCUCUUUAGUUUGAGAUGGUGGUUAAACAGAGAUCACGUCGACGGUUUCCUCUAGUGCAAUAAUCAGUUGAACGAAGGGAAGAGGAUUUUAGGGGACUUGUACAACCCAAAAGAACAGUUACACAUUUCAUUUGAAAGUAAGGGUCCUCGGUAGGAGAAAGGUUUGCCACUUGCAAGGCACUUUCAUGUGUUCCUCCUCUUGCAAGAUGAUUGAUUCAGUAUGUUUUAUGAGUUUGCCCUUGCUGUUGGGCAACAAUGGUGCAACGGCAGUUUUGGUGAUUUUUCAUGUUUUUACUUGAAUUGAAGGAUUUUAUGCGUCUCUGUGGUUUGAGAAGAUUUUAUCAUCAAUGGGCAUAAUUUCAGAAUUCCUGAUUAUCAGUUUGCUAAUGAGGCUGAUUUUCUUAAUUCCUUAAAAUUACUCAUUUUGGAGAACAAAGCUUUUCAUUUGACAGCAGCAAAGUGGAGUCUAAAGGCCAUAAAGAGGUAGUAUUCAAGUGCCUGGUGGAAGUUUAAGCGUUAAAUGGUCAAAAGCUGCAUAACCUAUUAUAGGGAUCCUGUUUCAGUGGGUAAAAGAAUCAAAAAGCAUAUUCCAACCAAUGGACAGCAUAAGAUAGUUUGAAGCAAGGAAGUUUCACCUGAUGCCUCUUAUUCUUCUCAACAACUGUCUACUGACUUUUCUAUACAUCUCAUUCAAAUCAUCCUAAGAUCAAUAUAUUUAUUAUGUUUGCCUAAACAGCAGUGUUAGCUGUUGGCUUUGCUUCGGAGCAGCAUUCAAGCAAAGCAGGCCAAGUUGUCUUGCUUAAUACUCACCAGAUAUGGAUCCAGCUGCUACAGUGUGUUUGUACCUAAUGGGCAGGGUUCAUGGGCACGGAGUCAGCCUCGUAAUAAACUAAUUCUGUCAAUAAACUCUUUCUUUCGGUAGACAUCCAAGUCCAGGACUAGGUUUGAUUCCUGUCCAUGUAACCGGCCCAAAGCUGGGACUGGCUUCAGGGCAGAGCCGAGGAGUCGAGUGGAUGACCGUCACUCGCAGCAGAAGUACAACUGCCUGUCGAUUUGAAUCGUGUAUCUGGAUUACAGUCACCACUUAGCUCCUCUGUGCCGCUGAUGACCUGAAGCUCAUCGGGGGGGGGAGGGGGGUGUUUUUAAAAGUUAUCUGCACUAAAAGAAGCAUGUGUUUCGGGACUGAACACAGGCGUGGUGCUACUCAUUCUGAAUUAGAAUCUGAAGCUGAACCUCUUUACGAGACUGUAUAUGAGCAGGUGGGUAGGGUAGAAAACAGUAAACCUCACUCACUGAAGGACAGGAGAAGGUCCCACUGCUACGGUUGGCGCGGGGAGCUCAGUUGUUAUGGUCAGGGUUGAGAACCUGUAAAUGGUACAUUGACGGACGUUCCCGAGGACAGUGAGGUAUAAUGUAGGGUCCUACAUCCGCUGUUGCAUUUGACUGCCUCUCAUAGGCCAGCCUUCCAGUGUGGAAGCCAGUGGGUUUGAGCCUUCAUGAUAUCACUAGUGUCUGAAAGCCUUUAUAAAAAGCCAGAUCGAAAGUAUAUUUGUACAUUUUGAAUUAUGUAAUGCACACCACUUAUUUUUGCUAACAGAAAAAAAUGUAGUCUAAUUAUUAAUCUUAGUAAUAAAUGUAUCAUAAGUAAUGGUUAAAAAGUUAUAAUAACAAAGUUUUAUUAUUGCAAUAGACUGUUGACUUGUUCUUGUGUCACUGUAUAACGUAUAGUGUAUGUGUGAACAGUGGUGGGGUUGUUAAAACUAGUGAUGUGUGUUUGGACUGUCAUACUGUUAUUGAUAGGGAUGUGGACUUAAAACGCCUCUUGCUUUGAUGUUUGGAAAAAAAAAAGCAGCAAGAUGUUGAAUGCUUAUUUCUCUCCUUUUCUUUCUUUCUUUUUUUUUUGGAUUCUUUGUAUUAAGACAUUACAUCCUUAUUGUGACGACAAACAGUAGAAUAGAAGAAGAGACAGUUGAUGUAUUGAGCAUCUGCUCUUGAAUGUUCCCUGGUUUACUUCAACUGGUGCUGACGCCUGCUCCUUAUCAAGAGGGAGAGUGAAAAAGGAAUGGGCAAGUGGUUUUUGAAAGUGUUGUCGAUCCAUUUCGAUGACAUGUGAUCAAAGAAUAACCUAACAAGGGGUAGUAGUUCUCCAUUCCUUUGUGUUAAAGCCUCCAGGGGAUUUACGUUGGAUUGCAACCUCUGUUGCUUCCCUCAGACUCCUCUCCUUACCCGAGCCUCUUCAUGCGCUCACAAAUACAAAGAGUUGGCCUCCCAGUAAAUCUGUGGUGUGACAAAGCCUGUAAUCUUAUUGUUGCUCUCUUUCCCCUUUGCUCCCAAACAUUUACACCCCAGUGCCAGAGGACUACAUUCCACGGCCGUACAAUCCCAUCCGAUUCCCCUGGGAGGCGUAAAAAAAGAUUAGAGCUAAAGGACAAUGUAGUGGGAUAUUGUGGGUUCUGUGAUUAAUUCAAGUAUGUGUGUGUUUGGAAGGAAUCAAAGCUGAUCAGUGAUAGCUUUGUCAGUAUUUGGCAGGUUAUGUUGGAAGUUGAACAAGUCUGAAGGUUGAUGAUGAGAAUUAGAAUCCAUUUAUAACUCGCUAUCUCUGCUGUCUGUAAUGGAUGUUCAGUUUGUGUAUAAACUACACUCUUGAGGGCAGUUGAACACAUGUUUACAUAGCAGAUGUGUUUGCCUCGCUUACAACUGAAAUGUCAUCAGCUCUGCUUUGCAGAUAUUAGCUAGUAGAGAAGUGACCUAACACGAGCAAAACCAUUUGGGGUCUGUGGAAGUGAACGCUUGAAGGGAUACGAAGACAUUUAUUUAUUCGGCCAAUUUUUUCUCAACAGACAUCUGUGUCACAUAGCAAGGGGAAAGUCUUGUUUGUCCUUCCAGUUCUAUUAAAAUGAGUUGUGAGAUUGGAUUGAAAUAAAAGGGUACACUCAGCUCACAGCUUGCAGCUAGCUGUGGCCUUUGGCUCUCAAUUAGGAUCAUUAACAAUAUAGACAAGUCUUUUUAUGGAAGCUGGAGAGCAAACAUCUUACCCACAAAGUGAUAACUGUCUGGUGGAGAAAAAUAACCAAAUUAACUUGAAAAGGUCAAUGUGUCCUUUUUUAAAUGGAAGUAAAGGUGUAUUCCAUUUUGAGUAAUCAAUCAAUAUCCCUGAUUUUGGUUGCUCUCUGUUUGCAGUGGAAGGUAGCAAUGGAGUGAGAAAAAAAGUCCACAGAAAGUGCCUUUCCUCUUGAUGGUGCUGUAAAUUGAAAGAUGAAAAUGUAAAAUCAAAGAAAUAGAAUCUCCUUUUCAAGAACACAUUGUGAUGCAGGAAUGGCUGCAUUUUACACACACUGACUGUACAAGUUUAUUCUAUAGAGAUGGCAAUGCAAACUUGUGUAUCUAGACAUUAAGCCUACAUAGAAACAGAAUAUUAUGCCAAGUAUAUGGUUGUGGUUGAGCUUUCGCUUCCUAGUGCAUUUAGUGUCUUGGACCAAUGGUGUCGUUGGUACAGUAGAAUGUGGGUGGGGUGGGUGAGGGUCAUAGCUGACACUAGCGUGGUGUGACACAGCCCAGCCCACGAAUGACAAACAUAGCACAGCACUUUAGAGACUGCCACUCUCACUUAGACACAUAGCCAAGAGGUUUCGAUCUCUGUCCCUCCAGUCCCCUUCUUCCUCCUGUUCAGGAGGAGGACGAGAGGAUCCAGACCUCAGCGUAAACGAGGAGUCAAAGAGAUGUGUGUUACCAAACGAAGCAGUUGGUCAUUAAAAGUGUGCCUCAUGCUCUCGUGACUUUGUUGUUGGCUCGGUUGAGUCAGCCUGCUCUCGGGUGGCGGUUGUCCCUCUGGAACAGCCACUCGACACUUUGUUACAGUUAGGGCUGGGUGUCAAAACGUGAUAUCAGUACCUCCCAGAUUUUUUGGCAUCACCAUUUUAAAGCAUCCCCAAGUUUAAAAAAAAAAAAAAAAAAAAAAAAAAAGCAGUCCAGAACUUUUUACAAUAGUAGAUUUUUGCACUGAGGAAUCAAGGUUUUCUUCUUGAAGGGCAUUUUUACUAAGGAAAGCAACAUGAGCAGGAUCUAAAUCUGACUGAAAAGGCAGAAAAAAGGCAUGAAAGACAGAAAAUAUUUUUUUCUGCUGCACAGGGAAGUAUGCUUUCAUCAAAUGUCAUUUUACAGCAGGUAUAGAGAUGAAAUCAACAGAACCAGUGUCAGUAUUGAAACUCUUCUCACGAUGCCCAGCCCUAGUAACAGCCCAUGGCAUUCUGUCAUCUUAGUGCAAUGCCCUGCCAUGUGUCUUGUCCCUAAUGGAGGGAAUGUGUGCCCAGUAGUAUCCCUGUCUUGAGCCGGUAGGGUGUCGACUGAAAAACCGAGGGUGGUCUGUAGUUCUGUGGGUACCUUUUCAGUCCAGGGGGUGAAAUCUUUCUAUUACAAGAGAUCUCAAAAAACACUGCACCUCACUUACCUUGGUAUGCUGCAUAUGUUAUACUACAUGAAAGAAAACUGCAAAUUGCUUUUAUUAUGACAUAUAAUGCUUGAGUAAUGCCUGAUUGCGAUAUUCUUAUACAGUAACUAUUUUAGAGUCAAAAUAAGUAUAACUGUAAAAAAUAUUCUCUGUUUUGUCUUAACACUUAUCCGAUUUUGAAAAAUUGUUCUUGAGCCGACUUUUAUUUUGUUGUCCUAUUUAAAUGUGUUGUUCUUUAAAUAUAUAUAUGAAAUAUAUAUAUGCGGAAUAUUUUAUGGUGUAUUUAUUGAGAGUGCGUUUAAGCGGCUGGAGUCUCCGCAUCAUAUUGCAACAUGGUGGGGGCGGAGCCAGGAGGAUGAGGCCUUUAGCCCCUCCCCCUCCAUGUUGACGCCUUAUUCUCCUAGACACGCAAGCACAACAAUAUGGAGGGGGGUACGAGGUGGAGGAAAAGCAGGGGGUGGGUUUGACUUGUCAAAAAAUCGUGUGUUGAGUUCUGGUUAAUAAUCACAAGUCAACUCCCCCUCUUCCUUUUCUUAAUAUUCUUUACCCUCCACUCUUCUUGGACCACCUGAGAAGGCCCAACGCCAACCCCCACAUGUUGCAGCUCAUCUCUGAUGAAGGGAACCAUUUCUGAACCACACUGACUUGAGUGUCGAAUAGCUGAGUUUUUUUCAUCCCAAGCUGCUAACUGGUACGUUAGCCAUUUAAAUUCCCUGAGCCAGUAAAGGGCAGGUGGGAGAGCGUAAAUUUAAAAAAAAAAAAAAAAAAAAAAAAAAGAAAAAGAAAAAAAAAAAUGCGGGGGAAGGAAGAAAAUAUGUUGGAAAGGCAGAAUUCUUUUGGAUUAUGGUGAAAAAUUUAGUGUAGGCGUUGCUUCUUUCCUCUGAAAUUGUCUCCUGUCAAGUUUUUUUUUUUUUUUUUUUUUUUGUUUGUUUGUUUUUCUUGUGCCAGAACAUUUUACAGCAGGAACAGGUCUCAUUCCACAAGAAAAGACAUGCCUCAGCCUUAAGUGCGUUCUUACUUAAUCGUCAGAUUUCUAUGUGACUUUGCAAUGCCUAUGUUGGGUGGCCUACCAAGAAAACAAGCCGACGCACUUGGUCUGCCCCGAUAUCCCCGACCGGCAUCUUCAUCACUUCCCGAGUCUCAUGUAAACCACUAAUACUGCUACAGAAACUAGUGAACUCUGAUGUACGAACGAGUGGAAGCUUUUGACAGUUGCUCUGUCCCAUUUGUACUGAUGUCAGAACAAAACCAGGUCUGGGUCAAACCGUAUUUGCAAACAUUUUCUUGGCAUUUGUUUUAACCAGAUGAGCAGUGCUUACUGCCGCAGGACAAUUCAGAUAAACAUAUAAAUCCUGAAGGACGUGAAAACAUUUGGUAAUUUGUCUUUUAUACACAUGUGCUGUUGUAAACUUAUUGGUUAUUCUAUUGUCAUUAAUUGCAAAUCCAAAGAAGAGUAUUCUCAGAUACAGUUUGACAGGAACCUGGGGGCUCCCCAUAGUGCUGGAUUACAGAGACCUGUGCCUGUAUAAUGAACCAAGGAUGAAUUGUGUUGUGAUGAAUUGCUGUUCUUCUAUUCUUUUUUUUUUCUUUUUUGUUUUCUGUUGGUCGUCCUUCACCCCAUCAGAGGAUCAGAGACAUGGAGCUUUUGAGUGUUGUCAGUCCUGUUCCAAAGCAAAUAGGCCCUUUGCCCAUGAAGCCAAAUAAAUUUUGGUUAAUAAAUGUUUACUGUAAUGUUUACUCCCAUGGCUAUCAGAUUGUUUAACCUGUUUUCAUCCCAUUAGCAUUCCAAUAACGACUACGAACCAAAUAUUGCAAAAGAGAUUAGGCUCCUGAUGCCGCUUUUCCCUUGUAUACACAGAAUGGUUUUGAAGACAGAUACUUGACAGUGGCCAAGGAUUUAUUUUUUUUGUACGCUGAUUGUUCAGGGUGUCAUCUUUUUUUUUUUUUUUUUUUUAAUGUAGCAUCACUCUUGUGUCAGUCUUAUUUCAAAAGUAAAGAUCUUGGGCUCUGAUACCUCUGAGUGAGGCACCAGCAAACGGAUGUACACGCUGAACAGUGAACCUUCACCACCAGAUGAUCCAUGUCUCAGUCUAUGUCAGCCUAUGUUGCAACGGCUCUGUUGUACCAACAGCUCAAUUCCUUUCAGUUUUAAAUGUCUUUCUUUUGUAACUCUCUCUUACAGGAUGUUGGCCUUUUAGUGUUGCUUUGCUUCAGUUUGAAGUGUAUCUUUGACUAAUACUUGCAAUAAAAUGCUUUGCUUUA